AUGGUCAUCUGUUACAUGGGAAAUCUGACGGGAGCUGACCCGGAUUUGACGGCCGCCCGUUUUGCUCGCUUCCUCAGCAACGAGAACGAUGCGUUGAUACGGAUAAACAACCAGAUUGCCUACUGGAUCGCAGCAAUACCUUGCGGAGUACAGAGGGCAUUGAUGCUGAUCUUUGUGUCCCUUGUCUACCUCACACUUCGGCUCUGUGAGGCUUUCCAGGUUUCUCAAUCCUCGAGCACCACCACCACCACAACCACCACAACUUUUCACCUUUUCAAGGUGCUCUUGAUCGCGCCCGACCGGACGAACAACCUCUCCAUACUGCCCUUGCCCUCGACAAACCAACCAUUCCACUUUUACAAACCGAUCCAAGCACAACAAACCUUCAAGACUCCUCCACCCGAUCCUCGAAUCGUCCGAAAAUCCAAGAUGUAA